AUGAAGAACUCAAAGUUUUAUGGCCUUAGAGGCACAAAACUCAACAUCGCGAUCGCAGUUGUGGCAGGCACUGAUUUUGCCCUGUUCGGCUACGAUCAAGGGGUAAUGGGGGGCUUACUCACGCUGCCAUCGUUCCUCAGGUACUUCCCACAGAUUGACACUGUUAAUCCGCCUCCUGGAAGCUCUUCAAGUUAUGUGGCUACUAUACAAGCAAUCACCGUGGGCGCAUAUACCCUAGGCUGCUUCUUCGGUGCUGUGGUGACUAUCUGGCUUGGAAAUAUGCUCGGGCGCAAACGCACAAUAUUCUGGGGUUCCGUAAUCAUGAUCAUUGGCGCCGUUUUGCAAACCUCAUCAUAUGGACUACCUCAACUCAUCGUUGGACGAUGGGUUACUGGUUUCGGCAAUGGCAUGAACACGAGCACCGUACCUACCUGGCAGUCUGAAACAUCAAAACCUCACCGAAGAGGGCAAAUGGUGAUGAUCGAGGGUUCACUUAUCGUCUUUGGUGUCAUGUUGAGUUACUGGCUCGAUCUCGGCUUCUCGUUCCUGGAGCCUAGCAGUAUCGCCUGGCGCUUUCCGAUCGGUUUCCAGAUCAUCCUCGCCGUCUUCAUUCUCAUCGCCAUUCCCGGCCUGCCAGAGUCUCCGCGUUGGUUAAUCCUGAAGGGAAGAGAAGACGAGGCACUUGAUGUAUUGGCUGCCCUAAGCAACCUUCCUCCGGAGGAUAAGAAGAUUCAACAGGAGUUCUUGGCAGUCAAGGACGUUGUAUUUGAGAUGUCGAAGGGCGGUUUCAGAGAAUGCUUCAAGAUGAAUCGGAAUCGCAACUUUCACCGCACGGUCCUGGGUUAUGUGAAUCAGGUGUUCCAGCAGAUUUCGGGUAUCAACUUGGUCACUUACUACGCCGCAACUAUAUUCGAGAACUCGCUCGGCAUGUCGCCUUUCAUGAGCCGCUUGUUGUCUGCUUGUAACGGCACGGAAUAUUUCAUGGCCUCCUGGAUUGCCAUCUUCACCAUCGAGAAGUUUGGCCGACGUUCUCUGAUGAUAUUUGGAGCUGCGGGCAUGUCAGUAUCUAUGGCUAUACUGGCUGGCGCCACUAGCAAGAUCGGCGACACGAGUUUGGGUCUCCUCGCGACUGUCAUGCUCUUCGUCUUCAACUCCUUCUUCGCUGUCGGAUGGCUCGGGAUGACGUGGCUUUACCCGGCAGAAGUAACCCCGCUUUCUAUUCGUGCUCCUGCUAAUGCUAUCUCUACAACUGCGAAUUGGAUCUUCAAUUUCCUGGUUGUCAUGAUCACACCACCGGCUUUUGCAACUAUCGGCUACAAGACAUACAUCAUCUUUGCGGUCAUCAACGCAGCGAUAGUACCCAGCGUGUACUUCUUCUUCCCGGAAACCGCGUAUCGCUCGUUGGAGGAAAUGGACGAGAUUUUCCAUCAAACAACAAACGCCUUCGAUGUCAUCAAGGUUGCCCAAAACAUGCCUCAUCGCUAUGAUAAGCGCGGUAAUCUACUCAUUGAAUACGGUGACACUGAGGAAGCGCGUGAAGUUGAAAGACGGAGGAGCUCCGUAACGGGUGCAGAUGUUACGCAUCGCGGUGGCAUUCUGGGUGGUGAACGAGAAAAAAGGAAUGAAGUUGAACAUCGUGAGCAGGGUGGUUUGUAA